AUGUUCGCACAAUUUAGAAAUCGUCUAGGUUCAAAACUAGGUCAAAGAAUAUUCAUCGGCGGUGCCGCUACUGCUGGUCUAACUUCUUCCGCCAUGCUAUACGCUGACUCAUUGACUGCCAAUGCAAUGACUGCUGCUGAACAUGGGUUGCAUGCUCCCGCUUAUGAAUGGUCGCAUAAUGGUCCUCUAGAAACAUUCGAUCACGGUUCAAUUAGAAGAGGUUAUCAAGUCUACAGAGAAGUAUGUGCCGCUUGUCAUUCAUUGGAUAGAGUUUCAUGGAGAACAAUGAUUGGUGUUGCUUUCACAAACGCUGAAGUUCGUGAUAUGGCUGCAGAAUUCGAAUACGACGAUGAACCUGAUGAACAAGGUAAUCCAAAGAAAAGACCAGGUAAGGUUGCUGAUAUGAUCCCUGGUCCUUAUCCAAAUGAACAAGCCGCAAGAGCUGCUAAUCAAGGUGCUUUACCUCCGGAUCUAUCUUUAAUUGUUAAGGCUAGACACGGUGGUUGCGAUUACAUCUUCUCUUUAUUAACCGGUUAUCCAGAAGAACCACCUGCAGGUGUCGUCUUACCACCAGGCGCUAAUUACAAUCCAUAUUUCCCAGGUGGUUCAAUCGCUAUGGGUAGAGUGUUAUUUGAUGAUUUAGUAGAAUACGAAGAUGGCACCCCUGCCACCACGUCUCAAAUGGCUAAGGAUGUUACUACCUUCUUAAACUGGUGUGCUGAACCAGAACAUGAUGAAAGAAAGAAAUUGGGUCUAAAAGCUGUCAUAAUUCUGUCUUCUUUGUUCCUAUUAUCUGUAUGGGUAAAGAAAUUCAAAUGGGCUGGUUUGAAGACAAGACAAUUCAAAUUCAAUCCACCAAAGAAGAAUUAA